AUGACACCAGCACAAUUGUUAAUUAUUUGGUAAACUUUGACUUCCUUGCAACAGAUGAGUUGUUAGUGACCCUUGUUCCUGUGUCCAUGAGUAAUGUGUUACCUGGACUGUUCUGGGAAAAAAAAAAAAAAAAAAAAUCCGUGGACACUGUUGGUCUGAGUUGGGAACAGAAUGGCUGAGACAGAAGCAUUUUUAGCCGAUGGCAAUCAGGAGUUACUUCCCUGUGAAGUCUGUGGAAGACGCUUUGCAGCAGAUGUUCUGGAAAGACAUGGACCAAUAUGUAGGAAACUCUUCAACAAAAAGCGUAAACCUUUCAAUUCCCUGAAACAAAGAUUACAGGGCACUGACAUUCUCAUUGUGAGAACAGCUCCUCAGUCCAAGCAUCAACCUGUGAGGAGAUCUAACUGGAGACAACAGCAUGAAGAUUUCAUUAAUGCAAUCCCUUCAGCCAAGCAGUCUACACUAGUCGUUAAAGAAGGCCGACCUCUCCCACCUCCACCUCCUCCAUCCAUCAACCCAGAUUAUAUUCAGUGCCCAUACUGUAUGAGGAGGUUUAAUGAAACCGCAGCCAGCCGGCAUAUUAAUUUCUGCAAGGAUCAGUCUUCUCGCCGAGUCUUUGAUCCAGCCCAGACAGCAGCCAAAAUGGCAUCCAGGGUGCAGGCUAGGGCUCAGAUGAGUCCCAAAAAAGAGCCAACUGUAACCAGUGCCGUGAGAGUGUUGCUGCAGAACAGGGCCCUGGGAUCCCCGACUGUGGUCCCAGCUAGGCCAGGAUUAGCAGUGGACCCUGCUUCUGGAGCAAAACUCAGACAAGGAUUUACUAAAUCUUCUAAAAAAGAUUAACUCCUCGAGGCCAGACGGUCUCCCCUUAUCAGCCUGCGUGGCUGUGUACCCAGGAAUGCCACCUAAGGGGAGGGAAAGGCAGACAGCUGUUCCAUAAGCCCACGAUUCUUCUUGAGACAUCAUGUAGAACAAGUAAAAACCAGAUUCAGAUUUUCUUCUUCUUUACUCCCUUUAAAAUUUUCAAAACAGUAUCAUUAAACAACAUAUCAGCCUGCGUGAAAGUGGUUGAAGUUUUGGUGGGUUUUUUUCGGACAUUUAAUAGGUCUUUAAAGAAAUGUUACUUUGGUGUUAGAACUUUUUGGUGAAACAGUCUUUGGAGUUCUAUUUACUGGCAUUAUUUACUUACUAGGAGAAUCGGUUUUUUAUCCAGCUUCAGUCUAUAUAAUGUGAAAUCCCAUUUUUGAUAUUUUCUUCUGAUAAACUUUAAUUAGUAAAUAUCCUAAGUUUCCAUCUGUAUACGACGAAGAAUUUUCCCACACCAGUGCACACAAUUUCGGGGGAAACGCUGCAGUGGAGGAACAAGAUACAAGAACCUUCCCGUCCUGUGGGAAGGAUGCUCUUAAGAGGCCUCAGGCUGUUUCUCAUGGCCAGGUCAGAAGUCACCUGCUCAGUUUGCCUCCGGUUUCUAUGGCUCUGUGGGGAGGUGGUGUCUCAACUCUUCCUUCUCCUUGCCGUCCUCUGGGUGAAUACACUCUUUUUGUAAAGUCUUUUGUACUCCUGCUUUUUCAUGUAAGAAUUUUUAUUUAAAAAAAUUGUUUUAAUGUUUUA